UUUAUAAUGUAAAGAAAAGACUUUUUCUGUACAACUUAUUAAAACUCUGACUGAUGAUAUAUUGCAUUUAAAUACUGUCUACGUUAAUCAUGGUCAUGCAGACAUGGUUUUCACGUUACACUUGUAAUUCUGUUUACGCAUGUUCUUUUUCUAUUUAUCGAUAUUCUACGAAGUAUAUCUAAAGAAAAACUUUAUAAAUUGGGUUAUUUCGCAUUCAAUUUUCGAUAAUAUCCAAUUCGGUUUAUAAUGCACUUCACAGAAUAAUGAAAGCUUUUAUAUAUCCAUUUAAAAGACUUUUAUUUCUGGGAUAAGUUGCUCUUCCAAUGCAAUAUAAUGAAUAAUCUAGCUGGGCAGUUUCGCAAGACAACAUGGGAUCCAAUUCUUAUAAUUUCCCAGAUAAUUGCUGUGCAGACUGUUAUGUAUUUCUGUCUCGGGUUCUGGAUUUGGAUCGUUGCGUCAAUACUAGGUUCGACAAAAUCAUUGGAUUACAUCUUUCAGUACAAGGAGAUACAUGUUCGUGACUUUGGAGGACAAUUGAUUAUUGUUAUAUUUCUUCUAAACGCGUUGGUGGGUGCAUUUGCAUUAUGGUGGUUGGUGCAAAGAACAAAAUUGUGCAUGGAUUUUGCAUGUACGGCCCAUUUUAUUCAUCUGAUUUGUUGCUGGGUGUACAAUGGAACUUAUCCAACAUCCUUCAGCUGGUGGUGUUUAAAUCUCGUGUCGUUAAGUAUAAUGUGUGUUUGCGGAGAAUUUCUUUGUAUGAGAACAGAAUUGCAAGCAAUACCCUUAAGUAUGAACAGUCAGAAGACAGCCUUAUAAAACAAACAUAUAUAGAAUUUAUGAGAUAAAAAUAAAGCAUAUAAAUAAAAUU